UAAUCUACAGAAGUAUUUUCUCACAAUUUCUCUCUUUCUUUUCUCUCACAAAAGCACACACUCACUUAGCUCUUCUCUUGCUUACUCUUACCCUUGCUUGCCCAUUGCCUUUGUAUGCAUGGUGGCAGGAUACAAAAUGGAUGUAGUAGGCCAACUGAUUGCAGGGUCUCUAUUGUUACUUGGUAAUAUUGGGUUACUAUAUGGGCAAGAUCAAGGCUUACUGAUUGUAGUGACAUUAUUCUUUCUAGGAAGUUAACCAAAUAAACGUUUUUUUCUUUUAAACCUUUUGAAUUAGAAAGCACAUAUAUGAUUUUAGGUUAAUAAGUGUCAACGUUUUUUUCUUUUAAACCAUUUGAAUUAGAAAGCACAUAUAUGAUUUAAGGUCAAUAAGUGUCAAUGUUCUUGCUUUUGAUUUAUAAAGAUUUGAAUUAAGU